CCGUCGGGCCCCAGGUUCCUGUGAAUCCCGGGCGGCUUCGGGACCCUACGGCCGGUGCCUCCGUUGUCUCUGCCCUCGCCUGACUUCCACCCCUGGGACCAGGACCUCUCAAGAGAUGGCUGCCCAAUGUGUCACAAAGGUGGAGCUGAAUAUUUCCUGUGACAAUCUUCUGGAUACAGAUGUAGGGUCAAAGUCAGACCCUUUAUGUGUGUUAUUUCUGAAUACGAGUGGUCAACAGUGGUAUGAGGUUCAACGCACAGAGAGGAUUAAGAAUUGUUUGAGUCCCAAAUUUUCCAAGACAUUUAUUAUUGAUUACUACUUUGAAGUGGUUCAGAAAUUGAAAUUUGGGAUUUAUGACAUCGACAACAAAACUAUUGAUCUGAGCGAUGAUGACUUCUUAGGAGAAUUUGAAUGUACCCUGGGACAGAUUGUUUCCAGUAAGAAGCUAACUCGACCACUGAUGCUUAAAAAUGGCAGACCUGCAGGAAACGGGACCAUUACGAUUUCAGCUGAAGAAAUAAAGGAUAACAGAGUGGUGUUGUUUGAAAUGGAAGCAAGAAAACUGGAUAAUAAGGAUUUUUUUGGAAAGUCAGACCCAUACCUGGAAUUCCACAAACAGACGUCUGAUGGAAACUGGCUAAUGGUUCAUCGAACAGAGGUUGUUAAAAACAACUUGAAUCCUGUUUGGAAGCCUUUUAAAAUCUCUCUUAACUCCCUGUGCUAUGGAGAUAUGGACAAAACCAUUAAGGUAGAGUGUUAUGAUUAUGACAAUGAUGGGUCACAUGAUCUCAUUGGAGCAUUUCAUACCACCAUGACAAAACUGAAAGAAGCCUCCAGAAGUUCACCUGUUGAAUUUGAAUGCAUAAAUGAGAAGAAGAGGCAAAAGAAGAAAAGCUACAAAAAUUCCGGUGUUGUCAGUGUCAAACAGUGUGAGAUUACAGUGGAAUGCACAUUCCUUGACUAUAUCAUGGGAGGAUGUCAGCUGAAUUUUACUGUGGGAGUGGACUUCACUGGCUCCAAUGGUGAUCCAAGGUCUCCUGACUCCCUUCAUUAUAUCAGCCCGGAUGGUGUUAAUGAGUAUUUGACUGCUAUCUGGUCUGUGGGACUGGUCAUUCAAGAUUAUGAUGCUGAUAAGAUGUUUCCAGCUUUUGGUUUUGGCGCUCAGGUACCUCCUCAGUGGCAGGUAUCACAUGAAUUUCCAAUGAACUUUAAUCCAUCCAAUCCCUACUGCAAUGGAAUCCAAGGUAUUGUAGAGGCGUAUCGGACCUGUCUUCCCCAGAUAAGACUCUAUGGACCAACUAAUUUUUCUCCAAUCAUAAAUCAUGUGGCCAGGUUUGCUGCUGCAGCCGCACAACAGCAGACAGCUUCUCAAUAUUUUGUGCUCUUGAUUAUUACUGAUGGUGUGAUCACAGACCUUGAUGAAACCAGACAAGCUAUAGUUAAUGCUGCCAAGCUGCCCAUGUCCAUCAUCAUUGUUGGAGUUGGAGGUGCUGACUUCAGUGCCAUGGAGUUUCUGGAUAGUGAUGGUGGAAGUCUCCGGGCCCCGUCAGGCGAGGCAGCCAUCAGAGAUAUCGUCCAGUUUGUGCCUUUCAGGCAGUUCCAGAAUGCUCCGAAAGAAGCGCUUGCUCAGUGUGUCUUGGCGGAGAUUCCCCAGCAGGUGGUGGGCUACUUCAACACAUACAAACUUCUUCCUCCGAAGAACCCAGCUACGAAAUAAAAGUUGUGUGGCUGCCUCAGUCGGAUUCCUUUGUGCUGCGUGGAGCAGUGGAUCCCUCUCUCACCUGAAAUAUGAAUCUGUCCUUUGGUGUACUUUCUACCCCCAGCAUUAUGAUGUAAACCUAGUUCUCUAUGGAUUAUAUCUGUUCAAAGAAUUUUCUCUAUACUUUAGGAAAAGUGCCGAGUUAAUUGUGGUCCAGUAAAUUCAGUGAUUCCCGGUGAUUUCAAAUAAUUGCAUUGAGGCCCCUUGGAUUAGAAAAUAUGGGGAUAGCUGGUUUUGUUGUUUACUUUCAUAUAAUGAAAAUGCUGUUCUUGAAUGUCAGUAGAAAGAAUGAAAAAUUCUUAGGAUGAUGUGAUUUGCAAGUUGCUGUACUUUUCUUUUUGCUUUAGGCAGUGUAUAUUUUGCAAGCCAGUGUCCACACCUGAUGAAGAGAGCUUCUUAAAUGGGAUGAUAUUGAAUGUGUUCCUAACUCUGCAUUGAGUGCUUUUUCAUGGGGGAAAAACCACCUUCACACGUUCCUGAAUUUUGCUGCAGAGUAGAAACUGCAUGAUUUAUAAAACAGUGUGCGUUUCUUAGGACUUCGUGCAAAGUACUAUGAGAAGGGAGGUCAUAUAUUCAGGCUGAAAAGUGCACAGUCAACAAGUGGAAAGAACCUGGUGUAAGUCAGCCAUUUUCAUUUGGCUUUCUAGAUCUUUUAUUUUCAUUGUGAAAAUCUCAACGUGGUCAGCUUUGGCCUUUCUUUUCAUGGAUUGUAUUUGACACUCAGGAUCCUGUACUUGCUAAGAUGAUGAUUUGUCCCAGAUCCUACAUGAUUAGCUUAUUUUAAAUGGGGUUUGUUAAAAUGUCUAGCACCGCUUUGUCCAGGAAACAGUGAGGACCAAACAUAUAAUGGGAAAUUCAUUUCCUUCUAACUAAUGAAAGACUUAUAAAAAGAGGUGGUCCCAUGCAUUUUGUGUAUGGGAUCAUGUAGACAUUUCCUCCUUUUUAAAAUAGCAUGUUUAAACUCAUGAUAUCUAUUAAUUCAAAACUUCUUUUUACAUUUUAAUAAUGUGUGAUCUCCUAAGCCUACAAUGUAUAGUAUUAAGCAUAAAAUCUGCUAUAACUGUAACCUGUUGUAACUUAAGAAAGGAAAAAAAAAAAACAUUUUGCAACUGCUACAUUAGGUUAUACUGGACUUUUAUAUGCCUUUUUUUCAGAGAUGAAUUUUUUCCCCUGACUUUUAGAACAUACUCUUAGAGGCCAUUACAUUUUCAGAAUAGAUGUAGUAACAUUUACUGCAGACCUGUGUGCCAAGUACUGUGCAUAUCCAUAUGCUGGCCAGUCAUCUUUAACAAUUCAACAUUAAAAAUUGUGUUUAUCACACAUCCUUAAGUUUAUGCACACAGCACCGUGCUAACAUGCCCUUCAGUUUUAUUGAAAAACCUGUGCCCCAGCUCACUCCCCUUGGGCUCUGCAUUGUCUAAAGAAAGUGAAGUCUCAGCUUUGACUUCUCAGAAACAGCUCUUUGCCAAGGUCAGGCUGAGAGGGGACCUAUGCUUGCCCAGUCCCAGUGAGCAGUUAUACUUUCCCAUGUGGCUAGCUGGCCUCUGGAUACUUGCUGUUAAUCUGAAGGUGCCUAAAUUGGAGUUUGUUACUCUGUAGUAUAGUAUAUAUCGUUAGUUGACAAGUCCUUUUGACAUUAGCAAUUUAGAGAGAAGAAAACUGAUCAUUCUCUCAAUACUUCGGAGCCUUAACUGCCUAAGAUUCCCUAAUUUCAUUUCUCUUUAUGUGCUUGGAAAAAGCAUGUUACUCUGGUUGUCAGACUUUUUCUUUUUUAAACACAGGAAGCCUUUUUUUUUUUUUUUUUUACUGUGCAAAAAAGUAUACACAGCAAAGCAUUCAUCAAUUCAGCGAAUUCUACAUGUAUAACUCAGUGGCGCUGAUUACAUUCGUCAUGUGCUACAACCGUUCUGGCUAUCCUUUUCCAGAGUAAUUUACCACCAUUAACAUAAACUCAUUGCCCCCAGAGCAAAGACUUUCCCUUUCCCCCUCCUUCCCACGCAUGGUGACCACUAAUCUUUAGCUUCUAUAUAUUUGCUUAUUUUGUAUAAGUGAGAUCAUGACAAUAUUUGUUCGUUUGCAACUGAUUGAUUUUGCUCAGCAAAAUGUUUUCAAGGUUCACUCAUAUCACAGCAUGCUUCAGGACUUCAUUUCUCUUUAUGGCUGAGUAAUAUUCCAUCAUAUGUAUAUACUACAUUUUGUUUAUCCGUUCAUCUGGAAGCUAUUUUAUGAAAAUGGUAUGUGCACAGUCUCAAUGUAUAAUACAAACCAAAUAGAGGUGGAGCUUCUCUGUCUGAAGCAGAGGCAGAGUCUAGAUCCCCACUCGCUGGGCCAUCUCUCCUCUCCAUCCUUCUUAACCCGGCUCUUCAGCAGUACCUGAGUCACCUGCACAGGACACUCGGGCACUUCUGGUCAUGAGCAUUCUGUUACCACUGUUGACUUGAUUUGGUCUUUAUAAUUUUAUAUUCUGGUUUUAUCAGAAUUGUUCUCUCUAAGUGUUUUCUUAUUAUUCAGUAUUGGUCAGGUCCAUCAGUAGCUGCUGUCACUCAGAUGUGUGACUCCCAUCACAUAGGGUAACUUUUUGCAGUUUUGAAUAAAAGCAUUUGCAAUUCCUAAACUAUCAUUUUAUAAAAUUCUCACAAUUCAACCCUCCACCUCAUCACAUGCUGACUUAAUAUUGGUUUUAUAUUAAAAUAGCCCCUUCUACUUAUCCUGUCACCAUUCAUUCAAGUGCCAUUGGUCUGCAAAAUGUAUUUAAAGAAAAAAUGAUCAAAUUGACUGAAACCUUUAUGUGAUCAGGUAUAUUAGAAAUGUAUAUUGGAGUGACAGUGCCUUGGAUAGAUGCAAUAUUUCUCACAUAUGCCUUUAUUACGUUUUUCUCUGAGAAAAUGGUAUGCCAACUAGCCUAGUCACUAGGCUUACUGCUUGCAGUCAUUGGAGGAAUUAAAAAAAAUAUGAAAUUCUUACCUCAAGUCAGACCAGGGAUUUACAACUGUUUACUUUGGUUGUGCCUUAGGCAGAAUUUCCAAAGUAAAUUCAGGGCUGUAUUGCUGCUUAUGCUGUAUUUUGAUAUACUUGGCCUUUUUCAUUUUGUGAAUGUUUAGGAAAGCCAUUUUCAAUAAAUCUCUGUUUCUUUAUGUGUGUGGUUGAUAAUCAUGGAAGUCACACACAAGGUAAGCCAGAAGCUUGGUUGAGAUUCUGCACGACUGUUCUGUGCUCUAAGGGUGUCAUUCCUGAUGUUAAGUGUAUACGUUACUAAUAUAUGAGUUGAGGUCAAAUGUAUCUUCCAUUUUGAAUUCCCUUUGAAUAAAGUUAUUUCUUGAUGUG